GGGCGCGGCUUCCUGCUCCCGCAUCCAUUCCUGAGAGCGUCACACACGGAAGACGAACUCCAAACACCAGCCGAGAGUCUCUUCUCCUUUGCAGGUCAAUAUACAUACAUAGUCAUGUGGCCAAAUCAAGGUCCUCCGAUGGGCACACCUAACGCCGCUUUCCCUCCUGGCUACAACCCUCCGUACACUCCUGCUGUCCCUCCGGCAGGCGUCUUCCCACAGCCUCAAAAUCCAGGUUACAUCGCUGGCCAAUACCCAGCAGGCGUGACCCCAGCCAUGGGACCAUAUCCAGCUCCAGGGGGAUUGCCCUACAGACCUCCUGUAGCUCAGCCUUAUCCCGUGGCUCCAGGCGGAUAUCCAGCAGCUCCUCCUGUCGGAUAUCCAGCAGUCCCUCCUGCCGGCGUUUACCCUGGCCCAUACCCUCACUCUCCAAAAGCGGGUUGCCACAAAGGUCAAAAGGGUUAUAAAGCCCACAAAGGUCAUCAUUUUGGAGGAUUAAAUCCUAUGGCCGGAGGAUUAGCCGGAGGUUUGGCUGGAGGUUUGGCUGCAGCGGGAAUGGGAAUGAUGGGACACAAAACCCACAAAAAGAUGAAGAAGAUGAAGAAAGCACACAAGGUCCACAAGGCUCACAAGCACUACAAACAUGGCAAGUCAUCCAGCAGCAGCAGCAGCAGCAGCAGUAGCAGUGACUCGGACUGAGGCCUCGGGUUCAACACAGCUUAAACAGACGUGCUGUUUAACCAAAGUGCAACUUUACUGUUAGCCACACGUCACAAAAAGUGAUAAUUCUGACUUUCAAGAGUAUCCUUCCAGAGUUACAGUGUUUUAUCAUAUCUAGCUGGGAUUUUGAUGACUCUUACAAUGGAUAAUAUCCUUUAUUUUCAUUGUAUAAAGAGCUUGGGUUUUGGUCUCUCUCCCCUUUCACAAUUAAUAAUAAUUUAAAAAAAAAUCUAACAAAAAAGACAGACCACUUAAAACUAAAACUCUAAAAGUCAUGCACACAAUCACACAUUGCCUGUUAUUUAGAGGCCUGGUCACCCAUUGAUCUUUAUGCAUGCACAAACUGUGAGAGGCUUCACUUAGAUGUAGUUUUGCAUUUUUGGAUAUAUUUUUUUUUAAUGUUUGUGGUUUUUAUGUUACAUAUAACACAGCCAAAGUUUUUGUGCCACACGGUUGUUUUUUCCCAUAAUAAACUAGAUCAUAGAGGUGAGAAAAACCAAAAGAGACUUCAGCACUGUGCAGAUAACUUCCUGUUAUGCAAGCUUGUUUAAAUACAGCCAAAAGCUCAUCAAGUACAAAUAUGUUGUGGUGUUGUCUUUUGGUUCAUCUACUUUUUUUAAUGCUCACUGUUGUACAUAUCUAAAUUUAAAAGACUUCUUCUAUGGUGCCUUGUAUGUGGAUUAAAUAUAAAGUUAUAAUAUAGAUCUAUAUUUACCUUUUUCUGAAACAUUAAACACGCUGAGAAAAAGCC